CAUCAUGUAGUAGCAAUGUCCCGUUCUUGCAGAGUAUAGACAUAAUUAAUUGUAAUCGGAAGAAGAUAGGUUACACAACUGCGACAAUUCUAUAUUAAAUAUUCACAGAGUCAUUCCCCCCGCAUGACAUCAAUGUUCUCGACUGCCUGCAUUACUAAUCGCGCUUUCGGCCAUAUAAAAACCGACGCACUGACCAAUAGGAAUACAGCAGUCCGCUGGCAUCGGGGCUUGGCAAUUCGGCCGUAACCUAAUCUCGUCGGCUCCGAUAGCCGCCGUGGCCCGACUUUCGCAGGGUUUCCUUUUUGGGAUGUAUUGGUGUUACCUUUGUGCAUCUAUUAUAUAAACUGCGAUGUUUUAUAUUAAACCAGAGGAGCCAUUACACCUGCAUGUUAUGACAAAGUUCCCUGACAUUCAAUUCAAUUCCAAAUGGCAGCAAACCACGUAACAGUCGGCAUCGUCGGCGGCGGCAUAGCAGGUCUCACGCUGGCCAAGAUGCUAGAAAGACUCAACAUCUCUUAUACACUCUGGGACGCAUACGAGAUCGCCCCGCCCGCAGGAGCAAGUAUCGGGCUUACACCAAAUGGACUGCGCAUUCUUGAUCAACUGGGAAUUAUCGAUAAAGUCGAAGCGUACUCUGUUCCUCGUGACUCGUGGGAGCAUCGUGAUGGUGAUGAUGAUGGUCGAUUGUAUACGAGUUCGUAUGCUUCAGGAGCCUGUGAUAAGAAACUUGGGUACGACACCUUCUUCAUGGAGCGACGGCGGCUACUGGAGAUUCUUUACGAGAGCAUCGAGGAUAAAUCGAGGAUUCAUCCAUCUACCAGAGUUGUCUCUGUGGCAAACCAUGCCACAGGUGCUACCGUCACCACUGCUGCUGGCACUCGAACAACCUGUGACUUUGUCGCAGGUGCAGAUGGCGUGCACAGUAUAGUCCGGAGGGAGAUUGAAGCAGCGACGGUGGAUUUCAAAAUGGCGCCAGAUUAUCUCGACUCACUUUGCGCCUGUGUCUAUGGCAUCUCAGCGAGUGUCCCCCAGAUCGGGCCCGGUCGGGCAUUCACCGUCUAUCGACGUGAUGUAUCAGCCUUGGUCUUCAGUGGACUAGGUGGUGUACUGUACUGGUUUCUAUUCAAGGAUCUCAAGUCGCCGAUUCAAUAUGGACAGAAACAACGAUAUGAUGAGAAAGAUAUCGAGGCCGUUUAUUGUCAUAUGGCAGAUACAAUGAUCGCCCCUGGUGUCCGGUUCAGUGAUAUAUAUCGGAACAAAAAGGCAGCAACUAUGACGGUACUGGAAGAGGGCAUGGCCAAUGUGUGGUAUUCUGGUCGGAUGUUCCUUCUAGGCGACUCAGCUCAUAAGAUGGUCCCUCAUGCGGCGAUGGGAGCAAACCAAGCAAUGGAGUCCGCAGCAUGCUUUGUCAACAACCUACGCCCGAUUCUCAACUCGACAGACUCACAGAGCACAAUUUCCGUCUCCGAUGCUGAGGCAUGUCUGGAAAAAUAUGCCCACCGCAGAAAAGACCGACUGCAGGAUAGUAUGCAAACAGCAACUUCAGCAUGUCGAACCCAACUCAAGAUCGGUACGGCAAGUGAUGCAUUCCUGCUCCGUCUUCCUGGCAUCACCGAAGAACAGUGGCUUUCUAAGUCUUUGGCGCAUCUUUGUCAGGCUGAAUAUCUCGAGGGGUGGAGCUGGAAUAGCGAUCGUGUGCUAUUUUAUAUUAAGGAAGCAGAGAGAAUGAGGACAGAGUUUUAGAAAUACCGUGCUUAUAAUUACGAAAGCCACAAUGGCUAUUAUGAUAAAUCUUCUAUUGGGCUAUCCACACAUACCUUUAUAUUGUAGACAAUAUAAACAUUAUUAAUUAAAUAGAAUAUAAAAACACGGAUAUCCACUAUCGCCGUACACUCCCCAAGCCUUCACCUGACAAUUCAUGCGUCUCAUGUCCUGGACCACCUGCCACCUCAUGGACAACAGUGCUGCUGUCGAACUCAUGUGGAUGUUUCACCGGCUGCCAAGCUGGCUCUGGUUCUGGGUCUGCUAAGAGCCCGGGUGUCUUUGACUUUUUGUUCAGCCGGCGAAGAAAAAGCGCGAGAAUC